AUGAAGACGGUACGAAUGUUUUUGGCAUUUUUCUUACACAUGCUUCUUGUGUCGGCACUCGGCAUGACAAUAGAGCCCAUUAGAGCAGGAGAUACGAAAAAGUACUCCAGUAAGCUGCAGUUGUCGAACUGUGUUGCGUACGACACCGUCAAGAACGACGUAAUUACUGUUCAUGUUCAGGCUUACGACAGGGUGCCGGCGCAGCAGCUCAAUUUGCAUAUCUUUGAUUCUGAGAACAACCAGCUUCGACUCGUUAAGGAUAUUAACGACGAGAUGGACGUAAUCUUCACCAACCUCAACUCCGACUUGGGUCGUGGAAAACGAAGUAGUUUCAUCGACAAACUCUCGCACUUGGGCCACGCCGACUCGGAGCAUGCGGAAGAAGUGCUCCAUAGUAACGAGGGAAAGUCGAGAAUUUACGUUUGUUUCGACAAUAUCUUCGCCGACAAGUCGUGGUCGUUUCAUCCGCAAAGCCGUGACAUCGAGUUGCAAUUCGAGGCAAGAAGUUUUGCCAGUCUCAAAAACACCAAUUACAAGCUCUUCACCAAAUACUUCCAGAUGCUUGGUUCCGAACUGGGUUCGAACGUAAUAAAAGAUCUGGACUUUGAAGAUCUGUUGGUGACGUUGGAACUGCAGCUCCAAACCGUGAUCGAGAAUCUCGACAGCUCCGAGCGAACCAUGCAAGCACUCUUGACCCAAGAGUCUAAGCUCCGCGACGCCAACGAGCAGAUUUUUUCCAACUAUACCAAGGUAUCCAUCGCAUUCUUGAUCAUCAUCGCCAUUUUCGGACUUCUCCCGAUAGUGUACAUGCGGGUCUACUUGAAACAAAACAACAUCCUAUAA